AUGGCCUCCGAAGCCCCCAAGGAUAUUCCCGUGCGGCCUGCCGCCGAGGCGAAGUCCUCGGAAGCCGCUGCCCCGCCAAAAGAUGCGAAGAAGCAGGCCCCGAGCCCCGAUGUUCUCCCAGAGGUCAUGAUCGAGCGCAACAAGCUCUUCGAGGAACUCUGGCAACAAUACCUCGAAGAGACCAAGAACCGUCCCCACCCCGAAAUCGCCGUUUCCCUCGACAUUGGUGACGGCAACCCCUCUUCGGUCCCCGCCAAAGCCUUCGAGACCACUCCUGGAUCAUUCUUGCGCGAUGUUCCCAAGGAUAUCGCCGCCGAAAUUGUUAUUUGCAAGGUUGAUGGAGAGUUGUGGGACUUGAACCGCCCUCUGGAGAAGGACUGCAAAGUUCUGCUUGUUCCUUUCAGCAACCCCGAGGCUCGUGAGGUCUUCUGGCACUCUAGUGCUCACUGUCUGGGCGAGGCUUGUGAAUGUGAAUACGGUUGUCUUCUUUCCCACGGUCCCCCCACCCCCCAGGGUUUCUUCUAUGAUAUGGCUAUGCCCGAUGGACGCGUUGUUCGCGAGAGCGACUGGAAGUCGCUUGACACCAAGGCCUCUCGCAUCUUCAAGGAGAAGCAGAGUUUUGACCGCUUGGAAGUUUCCAAGGAAAACCUCAAGAAGAUGUUCGCAUACAGCAAAUACAAGCUGCACUAUAUUGACAAGCUCGUCACUGGCGAGAGCAGCACCGUCUACCGUUGCGGAACCCUUGUCGAUCUCUGCCGCGGUCCUCACAUUCAGAACACUGGCAAGAUCAAGACCUUCAAGAUCAUGCAGAACUCAUCUGCCUACUUCCUUGGUGACCAGACCAACGAUUCUCUGCAGCGAAUCCGCGGUGUUGCUUUCCCUGAUAAGAAGGGAAUGGCCGAACACCUGAAAUUCUUGGAAGAGGCUGAGCGACGUAAUCACUUGCGAAUUGGAAAGGAGCAAGAGCUCUUCUUUUUCGAUGAUGUGUCUCCCGGCUGUCCUUUCCUUCUUCCCAACGGAACCAAGAUCUUCAAUCAAAUCCAGUCCCUUCUGCGAACUGAGUACCGCAAGCGCGGCUACCAGGAGGUCCAGACUCCCAACAUGUAUGAUAUUAGCCUCUGGAAGACCUCUGGUCACUGGGCUCACUACCAGAAUGACAUGUUCGCCAUUGCGAAGCGUACUCAGGCCCCGAGUACUCAGGCUUUGAGUACUCAGACCCCCAGUACUCAUUCUUCCUGCGCUUCUUCCUGCGCUCAGGCUCUGGAGGCUUCUGUUACCUCGGCGCUGAAGCCCAUGAACUGUCCCGCGCACUUUAUUCUCUUCGGCCACCGUGAACGUAGUUACCUGUACGUUUGGUCCCAAUCUCUUGACAUUUUUCAAAUCUUCGCUAACCGAAAAAAAAAGCUCCAUAGGGAUGAGGCGUCUGGGGCCCUGAGCGGAUUAACGCGUGUGAGAAAGUUCCAACAAGAUGAUGGUGUCUCAUAUUUUCAAUUUUCCUCGCAGAUCUGCGCUGCCGACCAAAUCCUGUCAGAGGUGGAAGGUCUUUUCCAAAUGUUGCAGUCAAUCUAUGGUCUAUUUGGGUUUUCAUUCAAGCUGAAGCUGUCCACCCGCCCCGAGAAGUAUAUGGGUGCAUUGGAGACGUGGAACCACGCUGAGGACCAGCUCAAGAAGGCUUUGACCAAGUUCAAGGGUAAUGAUUGGAUCAUUGACGAGGGUGAUGGAGCCUUUUAUGGACCCAAGAUUGAUAUCACGAUUUCCGACGCCCUCAAGCGUGAGUUCCAAUGCGCCACCAUCCAACUCGAUUACCAGGCCCCUAUCAACUUCAAGCUGGAGUACAUGACCAACGAGAGUGGCCAAGCCGCCACGGAAACCCCCAAGGAGGGUGAGGCUCAGGCUGAGAACAAGAACGAGCCCGGUCCCGGCCGUGCCCGCCCCGUUGUUAUUCACCGCGCCAUCAUCGGCAGUUUCGAGCGUUUCCUGGGUAUCCUGACUGAGCACUUCGGCGGCAAGUGGCCCUUCUGGAUCAGUCCUCGCCAGAUCCUGAUCGUUCCCGUCAUGCCCGCCGUGAACGACUACGUCGAGGAACUGCAGGAGAUCCUGCGCGGUGACAAGCUGAAUGUGGACAUUGACAUUAGCGGUAACACCAUGCAGAAGAAGAUCCGUACUGGCCAGCUUGCUCAGUACAACUUCAUCUUCGUUGUUGGCGCUUCCGAGAAGGAAUCCCGCACCAUCAACGUCCGCAACCGUGAUGACCCGGCAACCCAGAAGCUGGGUGCCAUGGUGCCUCUCGAGGAGGCUCGUGCCAAGCUCAAGGCUCUGCGCAAGGAGCGCAGGCUGGAGAACAUGCUGUAA